GCCCUCAGUUAUCUGACUGGCUUUCUUUUUUUAAAAACACUUUUUCUUUCAACAAUAUGUUAAGCCUCAUUUUUUAAAGUCAUUUUUAUGCACACGUUCUCUGGAAUAGGCAUUCAAGGUGACUGCUUGAUUAAGUGCCUUCUGUUGCUACAAUCAUAGUAAAUCCACAGAGGUUUUGCUCAUGCCAAGAAUUUAAGGAUAUUUCAGCGCACUAUGCCAAUAUGUCACCUCGUAGAAAUGUAUGUCAUUUCCAUGGUUAUGGCCAGACAAUCUGUAUUGUGUAGGCUAAGUCAAAAGGCUUAAAGCAGCAUAAUGAAUGGGGUUUACUGCUCUAAAACAAACUUUCCAAGUCCCUCUCGUCCUUGUGUGUAUGUGCUCUGUGUUUGUGCUAUGCUGGGGUUUUCCCUGCUUCAUGAAAAAGUCCCUUUAGUAGUGCAAACUCUUCAAGUCAGCAGUAAUUAUCUUUUCAAAGUAUAUUGUGGAUGACUUCUAGAAAAAAAAAAACAGUUUGCGUGCAUAAGCUGUGAUUUUAAGGACUCCCAUCUGGAGUUGUGUCUUUACAGUAGCAGUCUGAAAGCUUUCCAGGAGUUUUCCUAUGGGAUCCACCUGCGUCACCGUCAGUAAGCUCCAUUUCCACCAAAUGCUCAGACUGUUCAUUUCCUUAUAGGGGGAGCUUCUCCAGUCGAUAUCUUUAAUUGCUCCUGGGUUGUAUCAAUACCUUCCGGUUUUGCUGCUCCAUCACGAGCCACUGGGAACGGGUUGCCCGGGAAACGGCCGCAUGGCAACAGGAUCAGAGCCUGGGGGUUGUCUGCUUCUAGGUCUGCUCCCAUUUUACAUCGCAUUUCCUCACUAGAUGGUGUGCAAGCCACUGGAGAGUACACUUCCCCGCACAGUGAGCUCUACAUCCAGCCAAACAAACCUGGGAAACUAUACAGCGGAUCGUUUAUUCGCGGGGCUCCGCAAAAGUGUGGAAAUAAAACGUCGUUCGCGUUAAGGUUCUCCGUUUUUUUUCUUUUGAAGCUAGCCCAGAUCGCUUUUCUUUUCUUUCUUAACAACAAGAAGACUUGGGAAAAGCGACAAUAAAAACACAGCUGUGAUGGACAUAAUGACUGCGGUGCAGGAUGCUUGUGUCUCUGGUCAGUGGCUUACUGCGAUAAUUCUCAGCCUGUGCUGCUUUCUGCCGUCCUGCUUGCCCGCUGGACAAACUGUGGACUAUUCCUCGGUUGAAAGUGUGGUCAGCAGACAAGGCGACACGGCACUGCUGAGGUGCUACCUGUUGGAUGGGAUCUCUAAAGGAGCCUGGCUGAACCGCUCAAGCAUCAUAUUCGCAGGGAAUGACAAGUGGUCUGUGGAUCCACGUGUGUCCAUAGUGUCCAGUGUUGGAGACAAACAUGAGUACAGCCUUCAGAUACAGAAAGUGGAUGUAACCGACGACGGCCUAUACACGUGCUCGAUUCAGAGUGAGCGUAACCCACGGCCAAAGCUCCUCAACCUUAUUGUAAAAGUUCCUCCCAAGAUAUAUGACAUUUCCCCUGACAUCACGGUAAACGAGGGCAGCAAUGUGUCUCUCAUCUGCACAGCCAGUGGGAAACCUGAGCCAACCAUUACCUGGAGACACAUAACCCCAUUAGCCAGGAAGUAUGACAGUGGCGAAAAUCUUAACAUCACUGGGAUCACAAAGGACCAGGCUGGAGACUACGAAUGCAGCGCUUUAAAUGACAUUGCCUCUCCCGACACCAAAAGAGUAAAAGUCACAGUCAACUUUGCCCCAUCUAUCCACGACAUAAAGAGCCAUGGAGUCGGUCUGGGACGCACAGCCCUGCUAAGAUGUGAGGCUGCUGCAGUGCCUUCUCCAACAUUUGAGUGGUACAAGGGUGAAAAAAGGAUUAUCAAGGGUCAGGGCAUCGACAUCAAGAGCCUCAGCUCCAGAUCAGUCCUCACAGUCACCAACAUGACAGAGGAUCGUUACGGGAACUACACGUGCGUCGCCUCCAACAAGCUAGGGACGGCUAAUGCCAGCGUGCCUCUCAAUCCAAUUAUUGAACCCACCACCACUAGUGCUGUCUCAAGCCCAGCGCCCAACACUGCACCCUAUGGGAGCACAGGAAGUGCGCACAUCCCGCUGGCCUGCCGGUACCUGGUCAUGGCUCUCUCCUCCUUCAUCAGCGUGUACUAGCAGAGGCCAGCCCAGACACAAUGACUGUCGAGAGCAUUUAUGAAUCCUUUUUGACAUUGCUGAUGGCUGGAAUCCAAUCUGGUACAGUUUGUUGAAAAGCUGUGGUGGGAAAAUAAUCAGCGUUACUUUUUGUGUGGGGAAAUUUUUUUUUUUCUUUUUUUUUUUAAUCUUAUUUUCUUAUUUGGUGAAAUUUCUGUCAUGUAAAUACUAUGAUGUUUUUUAUUAUUAUUAUUAUUAUUAUUAUUUCCUCUUUAUUAUUUUUUUCCUUUUCUGAUCGAUUGACCAGCUUGUGAUUCAGUGCUCAUCCCCAACCCCCACACCAAUCAACAGCCCCACCCUCCCCCCGCCCCUCGAACCUUUCAAAUGAGUUACUUUCAUGCAUCUUUUCCCUGCGAGGCGAUGGCGCAAAAUUGACAUCUUCACCUGUUUUUGUACACGACUAAAAAAGAAGCAAUUCCGCAAAGUCUCACAGUACACAGAAUUACCAUACCAAUGUUGUAUUGAAUGUAUUACUGGCUGUUGAACAAAGGAAAGACAUUUAGAUUCCUAACAAUACAAUUUUUGAUCAUGGAGUGAGCUCAAAAAAAACAAAAACAGUUAAAAAACAACAAAAAACCAACAACAAAAUAAUUAAAAAAAGGCAGGGCGUUUUCAAGACCUGUAUUAUCACGAUUACUCAAUAGAUGGAUGAACAGUGUUGAAGGUGUGUUUGUCGUAUCCUGAAAUGGGUCCUUCAGUUACUAUGCCUGCCUAACCGCUUCAAUCAGGCAGCCGUCAAAAGUAGCAAAAUAUACUGUAUUGUAUCUUUAUAUUUUAAUAUAGCGUAGGCUUUUGUUUUAAAGUGGGACCAGCUUUUCUCAUUCGACCAAGAGCAUUAACACAAACCAUGACUUUGUACGCUAUGAAAGGAGGAACAUCGCCGCCCCAUGUUUACAUUUUUCUUGAAAAUAGAAAUAAAAAAGUAUAUUCUCUGUUUUUUUCCUUCUGUUUUGUCUUGCUUUUUUUUCUUCAGCGAGUCAGUGUAUGUGAAGAAUAUGACAAAUUGUUGCAGUUAGGAAAAGGCGAGGCCCAAGUUGAGCUGCUUCUUUCUUUUUAGUUUGCGCUCCACCUCCAGUAGGCAUCAGGGCAGAGCACUUUGUCUCUGAAUUUGCUGCGUACCUACUGAUCAUCUUUGGCUGAAAACCCACAGCUCCGUAAUGUAGGAUCGGUUUUUUUGCCCCCAACUUUGGGUAUGAAACUUGGAUAAUGGAGUCUGGGAAAGCACCGUUCUGCUGCACUGCAUUUCAUUACUCUCCUUUCCAGUGCGGAGAAUUAAAUGCAGAAAUACGUCCCUCUCUCUUUCUUUUUUUUCCUUCAAAUAUAGAGCCAAAGCCAUAUUUGGCUAAGUGCAUAAUCUACAAAAAACCUAGAAUAAUUUCACCUUUUGGAAGUUUUACUUUUUUUCAUGUUAUUCAUGAUGAAGAGAAGAUGCUCAUUACCAAACAAACAUGGCCUAAGGUGCUACCAGCCCUCUCCAAGAUGAUCAAGGUUAACAAAGAGAUGAUCAGUGUGCAUCGGAGGUCAUUUAAAUUCAGCCUAACAGCAGAAACUGUAACUUUUCAAGGCUUAAAAUCAGUGUUUGCUUUUAGACAAGGCUGUCAGCGUGGCAUAUUCAUCCUCACGUAUCCUUAAUUCAUGGUUGAAACAGAGAAACUGUACUGUGAUGCCUUAAUAGUACCAUAGACAUUAAAUUACCCUCUUUUUGAAAGGACGCUUGGAGAAAAUCUCAAUAUGACACAACUUAUUUGUCAUUUUGACGUAUUAUUGAUGACUGAAUGUUCAUGAACCAUUAGCUGACUUAUCUGUUAAAUUAGGCAUUAUAUUCAGUCAAAUCCAACCGAUGGCUCCUGCAGGUAUUUUCAAAUAAGUCAGUUGUACAAAUGCAGUAUUUGCGGUCCAAAUAACGCGUUCGGAUUUGGACCGAACAGUGGAGGGACUAACAGCAUUCAAGUUCAGAGUAUUUUAUGACGGCAAACUUGCAACUGCAAAUCUAUAGAAAAAUAGCCAUCGCAGUUAAAAGACUUAAAGCACAAACAUUAUUGUUUGAACGUUUUGUGGUGAUUUGUUUUGAGGUCUGCUGAGCUUUUCUGUUGUUUCCUUUUCCGUUUCUUUCUUUUAUUGUUUGUACUAAAGUUGUUAUCAGCUUGUUUUACAAAUUAUAAAAAUACUGCACCAUAUGAUCUUGUUUAAAUGUUAAGGUAUAAUGAAAAUGGGUCAGACGUAUAUUUAUUCUCUUCCUUUAUGAAAAACAAUGUAAAAAAAAUACAUUUGAAACAUGUAAAACUGAAUAUGUGACAUUUAUUUGAAUGAGGCACAGUAUGGCAUAGUUUAUAAUGUUGUCUGCUUCAUUUAGAUGCCAUAACUGUUGUUGAUUUAAGUACAUUAAAAGAACAAUGUUUGCAAUCAAAUUACCUACUUUUUGAAAGAGAGAGGGUGUGAACCAAUAUAACAGUAUUAUAGAACAGAGUCAAUGUGUGUAUAUUUGGAGAAAAUAUGAUACCUUUUGAUCUUUAGAGCCAGUGUGUAGUCAUAGUUUCACACACUUGCGUGUUUGACGAUGUGCAGAGAGUAUGGUUGUGCUGCAUGUCAAAGUUAACCUGUGUUUUUGAGGUGGGCAUUUUACAGAUAUUCAUACUUUUUAUGACUGGACGCAGUUUUUUCCAAACGUUUGGUUCAUAAUCCUGGUCUAAAAAGACAUACCUCUUACAGAUUGCCAGGCUAUGUUUGUUUGUGAUUUCUUUCGAUCGACUUUGCUGAUAAACUAAAAACAACUGCUGUUCAGAGUCAUGAUGAUUAUUGUGGCACAUUGGUGACAGUCUGGAGUUAUGUUGGUUGCUUGUUAAGCAGUUAAAACCAUGCUAGUAUUCCAUAUGAAAUGUACUGGAUGUUGAUUAUUUUCAAUAAUGGUAUUAACAAGUCCCUUUUAUCAAAUCAGUAUUAUUUGCAAUAAAAGUCUUCAUGUUACAAGAUAAAGCAACAUCUGAGUUAAUGAGCGCUCAAGAGGACUUUUCAUUGUUACUUCAUUACGUUUUAAGCCAGAGAGUAAAGCUAGCUGAGACAGCAUCCUCACAGCGUACGCCGGCCCGUCACUACAACCUCACUGCACGUCAUUUCCCCCCCAUGACGCAGAUUCAGACUACAAAAUUAGCUUAAAUGCUACCUUGUAAACAUUUGCCAGAAGCUCGUGUGGGUUGCACCAGUCAUUUGUAAAUUUGCUAUGUUUGCAUUUAAAGUCUUUCAUAGUAACAGCCAAAAACUUGUCAAUAAAAACCGGCAUAGCCUUCCAAUUUGUGUAGAAGUCUGUGGCAAAAUGACCCAACUUCUCACUUGUUUUAUGACCACAGUAAACUCGUCAGGUUAUGGUCUCUCUCACUAGUUCUUCUUUAAUGCAUCUAGACUUUUAUUUUAUAAAGUAUGGUCCCAUUUAUAGUAAAAUAGAUGGUUAAGCAAUUCGUGUUCAGUAACUACGGUUUUGCAGUGUUAUUGGGUUUGCAGUCAGAGCCACUCUUCGCCCAUCGGGUUUCUAAAUACCAACCUGGCCACAGCUGAAAUGACCAAGCGGUGGGUGUGCAUCUUUUAUUUACAGUUUGAUGCACAUCCAUUGUGAUGUCACCCAUCAGUCUGUGAAGUCCCGAAUCGAGCGUUUCCAUCCUCAUGUGAUGAGCAAGGGCAGGUCUGGCUGUGAAACCUUAUGCUUAUUAGCUAAUAACUUGUGAUUGACAGCUUGUUAGCCAGUUUCAGGUGACAGUUAAUCCUCCAUUUUGACACAUAGUAUGAGAUAUAAGAUUUACAACACAGACUUAAUGUUUUGUUCUAUAUGGUCCACAACGAGUAACUGAGUCCAUAAACUCAGCAAAAAAGUGUUUACAGAGGUCAAAACAGAAAGCCAUUUUCCUGUAGAUGUCUAUUGGACCAGAUGUCUUUUUGCUACCACAGCCAUCGCCAUCUGGUGGCCUUCAGAUAAAAUGCAGGUUUAAGGCACUUCUGCAUUGGCUUCAUUUUUCCAACCCAGAUGCUAUGUCCAUGGUUUAUACCAUCCAUGGUUUCACUGCAUCCUAAAUAUUGUUUUCUCUUUAAUUUCUUAUUUUAGUUUUUUUAUGUACGAAUUUUCGGAUUGGGAUGGGUCUGGAUCAGGUGGUAUGGCGGGUCACCUAUCACUCAGAAGGUCAGUGGUUGAAUCCCUGACUCCUCCAGUCCAUGUGCCAAAGUAUCCUUGGGCAAGAUACUGAACUUCAAGUUGCCCCCAAUGCAUCUGUCAGAGUGUGAGUGUGGCUGUGAAUGUUAAAAAGCACAGGGGCACAUAGAAAAGCACUGUAUGAAUGUGUAUGUGUGGCUGGAGUAGGAAGUUCUUUCAGUGCACAACCAAGUAGAAAGGUGUUAUUUAAGUACCAGUUAAUUUACAAUGUGUUCCCAUUGUAUGUAGUUCUUCAACAUAAGAACUAGCUUUUAUGAUAUUGCCCAUUCUAGCUAAAAAAAAUGGACUUCAAACAGUUGGUGCACCCAAAUAUGUCCUCUCAAAUGAGUGAAGACUGAUAAAACACAGUAUAACGCGUUUUAAGUGCACAUAAUCCAGCUUAAUAACAGUUUCUCAUGUGAUGCUAUGAUACAACCACCAGUCCCAAGGAAAUAAUCAUUGUUCCCCAACUGGUUGGCAAGUGAUUCUUGGAAGUUGUUGGCUGCCGCUAGGUGAAAUUGGUGAAAAGAUGGUGCUGCACCAAAAGAAAAAUCUCCUUAACUACCAACUACAGCUGACUAGCUGAUCGGCAGUAAAACUUGAAAAAGUGCAACAUAAACUGAACAGAAAAAGCUAAGCUUCACUGCUGCAGCCAGCAGUGACAGGUCUGUGUGACUUUUGCUUUAGCAGUCAGUUUCCCAGCAAAUGCCAUCAACCUCCAGCAACAGCUCUCCAACCAACUGGGAAAUACUCACUUUUUUCCUCAUGAUCAGUGGUCCUCAUUCGCUUGAGGCUACAAUGUUACCGUGAUUAUCACACACCCAAAAUAGCAAGGAAGCUAAGGCCAGGUGGUUAGCAAUCAUGCGUCAGUUAAAGCUCACUUCUCUGUAGCUAGAUAGCUAGCAAGUGACACUAAAACAGUCAAUCGUCCCCAAAAUGCUUUAAAAAUCACACAUAUUUAAAUAACUUAAAUCUGUCUUGAUAAGUCAGAACAGAGUAGAUGUUUGUUCUGUCACUCUAUGAAACUGUAGCUAACAUCAGCUAACGUUACAUUAGCCAUUGCUAAUGUUUAGAUUUGUAUGCACCUCACCCCUAGCUUCCAUUAUAAGUCUGUUAAUGCAACUUAGUUUAAUAUUAUUUUGUUUGUACAUCUUAUGAUUUAGUGUAUUUCUUCACUUUUGAAAGAGACCUGCUGGAUCCGCCCUGCCGUAAACACGUUGUGGUUGAGCGAGGUUUUUUUUUUUUUAAUGGUGCAGCUCAAAUUAACAAUCAUUUUAUCAAUCAUUGCAAAUGUGCAGCAUCAUGCAUAUUUGAUCCCCUCCCUUCCUGCCUCAAUCACUGUACAAAGCCUCCUGAGCACAGAUGGCCAGACUCCACAGCACGCAGGAUUAACCACCUUUUGCGCUGCAUCAUCGUCAUCACUGACUGGCAUGCAUCGCUCAGUAUACGUGAUCUGGAGACAUCAGCGGACAUAAGUCACCGCUCAUUCCAUUCGAUAUGCACCUGUGCUACUUUAUACCUUUUUGGAAAUAGCACGCGGCUUUCUAGUAUUGUAUGACCCGAAUACACUCUUGACUAAAACAUCCACGGUGUGACCUACCUCUUAAAAGUUCAGAUGAAAAAGUCGUGCUGAUGUACAAGCUGAAAAGA